UACGAAGCUUAUAAACCUCUGUGGCCACUUACAACGCUACUUAUGAUGUAAAUUGGGAUACUAAAACUAAAAUAAAAUGGAUAUCGAAGUCUUCGAUUAGGGCACCAAGGACGCGUAAUUUCCGUGCGUAAAUGGGUAGAUGUGUUUGGAUGUUAUAUACUCGGCAUAAAAACGGGAUAUUUUAUACUUAGAAUUGAGGCAGUAUUAUGAACUGGAAUUGAAAUCUACAAUUACACCAGAGGUAAGCUACAGUGUCGCUCCUUGCUUCAGCACCGGUUGGCUCGAGGACCUCGCGCGCGGACAGGCUGUUGGAUCGCUGAAACAACAUGCACGUUACUCUCUCUGAGGCAGGGCUAACGUGUGGAUAGUGACACUCAUCAAUGCAGAGCUUAAUGGGAAAGACAGUGAAGUUUUUCAGUCAGAGUAUCUUGAUUGUCACUCCCCGCCCACACUAACAGUAGUGGUGAAGUUGUCCUGACAUGCCUCCCGGCUGCGAAGAUGACAGAUAUUGCUCACAAUUCACGAUUUCAAGCUAACGUUUUGACAGCGGACGGACUCACCUCCAUGCUCUCCAGUGAAGUUGGACUUCUUACCAGCAGAGUACAACAUGGGACACAACAACCUGUUCUCCGUGGGGACGGCUUUUCUCUGCUCCCUACUGUUUUGUGAGUCAGUUCUUUGUUUUGAGAAGACCCACUCGCACGCUGAGGAUGAGCUCUUCAAGACGCUGUUCGCCGGGUACAACAAGUGGUCGAGACCCGUGCCCAACAUCUCUGACGUGGUCAUCGUCAAGUUCGGACUGUCCAUCGCACAGCUCAUAGAUGUGGAUGAGAAGAACCAAAUGAUGACAACCAACGUGUGGCUUAAACAGGAGUGGAAUGACUACAAACUUCGCUGGAAACCGUCCGAUUACGACAAUGUGACGUCCAUCAGAGUGCCGUCAGAGCUCAUAUGGGUGCCAGACAUCGUCCUCUACAACAACGCUGAUGGCGAGUUUGCUGUGACCCACAUGACCAAAGCUCACCUAUUCCACAACGGUAAAGUCCGCUGGGUGCCUCCUGCCAUCUACAAAAGCUCCUGCAGCAUCGACGUCACCUUCUUCCCCUUCGACCAACAGAACUGCAAAAUGAAAUUUGGCUCGUGGACGUACGACAAGGCCAAGAUUGACCUGGAGAAAACUGAAGCAGUGGACCUGAACAACUACUGGGAGAGCGGCGAAUGGGCUAUCAUCAACGCAGUGGGGACGUACAACACCAAGAAAUACGACUGCUGCCACGAGAUCUACCCAGACAUCACCUACUUCUUCAUCAUUCGGAGGCUGCCCCUGUUUUACACCAUCAACCUCAUCAUCCCCUGCCUGCUCAUCUCCUGCCUCACUGUUCUGGUGUUCUAUCUGCCCUCAGACUGCGGGGAGAAGAUCACCCUGUGCAUCUCCGUGCUGCUGUCCCUCACUGUUUUCCUCCUCCUCAUCACCGAGAUCAUCCCCUCCACCUCCCUCGUCAUCCCGCUGAUCGGAGAGUACCUCCUCUUCACUAUGAUUUUCGUCACCCUCUCCAUCGUCAUCACUGUGUUCGUGCUCAACGUGCACCAUCGCUCUCCCAGCACUCACAAGAUGCCCCGCUGGGUCCACUCCGUGUUCCUGGACAUGAUCCCGCGCUGGCUUUUCAUGCGGCGGCCCGCGCCAGAUGUCCGCCGUCGCAGGCUGUUGCUGCUGCAGCAGGAGGCGGCGGCCGACCGGAGGCAGGCCCGAUUGGCCGGGUUCAAACAUGGCAACUGCCUCAGCACCUCGGCCAACUGGCUAAGAGACGGGACAUCCUCAGAGGACCCCGAGAGAAGCUCUUAUGAGGACUUAGAGCUGGGGACCCUGACAUCAUAUUUCUCCUUUCGCCCUCCUUCGCCCAGACCUCCGGGGUCCACUCCCCCGACCCAACAGAAAAACCAACAGAACAGCCAGAACCAGCCGGAGGGGGCGACGGGGGCAAACAGACAGAGACUCAAUACCAUUCAGAGGGCCAUUAAAGGAGAUAACACAGUAUCAGACUCAACUUUCCUGCUCUCACCAAGUGUUAUACGUGCUCUGGAAGGGGUGCACUACAUCGCAGACCACCUGAGGGCCGAGGAUGCUGACUUCAGCGUGAAAGAGGAUUGGAAGUAUGUCGCCAUGGUGAUUGACCGCAUCUUCCUGUGGAUGUUCAUUAUUGUGUGCCUGCUUGGGACCAUCGGCCUCUUCCUACCCCCUUGGCUAGCUGGCAUGAUCUAGCUGCUCAUGGGAGAAUGUGUGAAAAACCCAUAACCGCCACUAGUUAGUGAAUUUGACAUUCAAAAUGUAGCUGAACUCUACUUCACGUUUGUGUAAUGUACUGCGUUAAAGGCCUCAUGAGGCUAUAAAGCUCUUGAUGCACCACCAAAGCAAAAGUGUGGAAAAACCGAAAGGUAGCAUCUUCUAUACAGCGGACAUCUCAGACUCAGCCCGUCACUUGGCUCAACUUUUAUCCAUCUAAGCUGCACUUUGCCUCAGGUGUAAUGGUACUUAGGUUGAGUUUGACCCAAAUGCUAACAUUAGCAUGUUAACAGGCCCAGAGUUGGCAAUUGGUAAUGUGCUCAUGGUUAGCACAACCUGAGAAUUGGUAUAUUAGCAUACCAAUGGCAGUAUGCUAAUGUACCAAUGUUUAGUACAAUGUAUCUUUCAGCAUGUAAGUUAGGUGUAACUUGCUAGUAAAUGGGAUGGCACCAGCAUCAGUGUAAGGCGUAACCGUUGUUUGUGGAAUGACACUUUUUUAAUGAUUUCCCAUGUUCAGUUCUUUCAAUUGUUAACACAAUAUAGAUUGAGACACAAAUCAAUGUUAAUUAUUGUUUUAACAGUUUUUAAAAUGAGAUGUAUGUCUUUCAAGCAAAGUAAUGCCUUAAUUUCCUUCAAAAUCACAAACGUUGAAAUGUAAACUACAGCUAUUGUUUAUUUACUAGUAAAGUAGUGUGAUGACUUUAUCAAUUAUCAACAAGAAAUGACUUUGAAUUACAAGUCACCAGUCAGUAGCUUUAGUUUAGUAUGAAUACAGAUGAUUCUAUCAGGAAUGACUUAAUUCAGUAAUUAGAGGUCUACAGGUGUGACCUGAAGGUCAGACCUGUUGCUGAUAGGAUUCCUCUUCUGGGUAAUAUUAAUGAACCAUAUUCCAUGGUCCUCCAUGUUGUCAAUAUCA